AACAUGCCACGCGCCAGAAAACGUUUCGCCGAAAGUCCGGUCAAAGACUCAGAUAAUGAAUCCUCGUCAUCAGAAGUGGGAUUACCUCCGCCUCCAGCCGAUGAUGCAAAUCUUUUGUCAAUUUUGGAGAUGCAAAAUCGUAAUUUCGCUGAGCUAAUAAAACAGGUGCAGUGCUCUCAAAAUGAACCAAAAGAUGCCAAAAACAUUGUUCUGCCAAAGUUCAACCCUGAUCGUGCAGGAUCAGACGCUCUCUCCUGGUGUUCAACGGUCGACUACAUCUUGUCCGAAAACCAGCUAGUGGGCAGCGCUCUUGUAAUGUCCCUCAGCAAAUCACUGGAAGGCACCGCAUCUCACUGGCUCUCGCAGACAUGUUUUCCCGGCAUUACGUGGACGCAGUUCCGAGAAUUAUUUUUGCAAUAUUUUUCUGGAACGGAGACUUUGGCCGCAACCGUUAUGAAUUUGCUAAAUGCACGCCCAAACGAAGGAGAGUGCUUGUCGCUGUAUGGAAGCAGAAUGGUCACAUCACUUAUGGCCCGCUGGAAGUCACUUAGCGUCGAGCAGAUUGCAGUAUCCGUUACGUUGGCACAUGCAGCUGGGAUAGACAAACGAUUGCGCCGUUUGGUUUUUACGACGGAUAUCAAAACCAGAAACGAGCUGCAUCAGGAACUCAAAGCCUUUUCGUUCGACACUAGACAGAACCAGCAUUCGAGUGACAACUUAUCAGCACCCCAAGGAAAAAGAGUCAGGACUAUGUCUCACAUCACGUGUCAUAAUUGUGGCAAACCCGGACACAAGAAUGUCGCUUUAAUAAAAAGGCAACUCAGCGUCAGCAGCCCCGUAAUCAACAAUUUGGAGCAAAAGAUCGAUCAUCCGUGA